UCUAAUGUUAAAGACACAGAAAGUAGUAUUCCAGAAUUAAAUCAUUGAGUAGCGACUCCACUCCACCUAAUCACUAUUCUCUUCACAUUUCUACAACGAACACACAGAAAUUGUAACUAACAAUGGCAGUGUUAUCGGAAAUUGAAGAAGAUGAACUCGAUGAAGAACCAGGCGAGGUCAUCGAAUCAGCACCGCCUCAAAAGCUCGGCGAAGAAAGACAACUCAAUUCCAACUCCCCAAUCAAAAAGAAGCUUCUCAAACGCGGUCACGGUUGGGAAACCCCCAAUUUCAACGAUCAAGUUACCGUUCAUUAUGUUGGAACUUUGCUUGAUGGAACCAAGUUGGGUUCUACCAGGGAUUCUGAUUGUCCUGUCACAUUUACACUUGGCCAAGGUGAAGUGUAUGCUGGAUUGGAUGAUGGUAUUGUCACCAUGAAGAAAGGAGAGGUGGCAUUGUUCACAUUACCUGCUGUUGAGUCUGAAGGCAUUCCACAAGACUCCAACUCAGUUGCGCAGUUUGAGGUGGAACUCGUUUCGUGGAUUACGGUGGUGGAUGUUUGCAAAGAUGGCGGAAUUAUCAAGAAAAUUAUGGAGAAGGGGAAAGGGAAUGAUCGGCCUGGUGAUCUUGACGAAGUCCUUGUGAAGUAUCAGGUGUCACUAGUAGAUGGCACUGUUGUUGCAGAAACACCGGAAGGAGGAGUUGAAUUCUACUUGAAGGAUGGUCAUUUUCUUCUUAAAUUGCCGAAAGUGAUCAUGACUAUGACAAGAGGAGAGAAGGCUGAAUUAAUUGUUCAACCUCAGUAUGCCUUUGGGGAGAAGGGGAGAGAAGCUGGCAGCGGGUUCAAUUCAGUUCCACCAGACUCAGUGCUGCAUGUUAAUAUUGAAUUGGUGUCCUUCAAACCUGUCAUAAAUGUAAUUGGUGACUCAACGGUGAUUAAGAAGAUUUUGAAAGAAGGGGAGGGUACUUUCACAGCCAACGAGGGUGCAAAUGUUACUGUCAGCUACACAGCCAUGCUAGAAGAUGGCACUGUAUUUGAGAAAAGAGGAAUCGGUGAAACACAACCCUUGAAAUUUGUAACUGAUGAGGAACAAGUUAUUACUGGUCUAGACCGAGCAGUGGCAACAAUGAAGAAGGGUGAGAGGGCCAUAAUUAGUAUACAUCCUGAUUAUGCAUUUGGAAAUGUUGAAGUGAGACAAGAACUGGCUAUCGUGCCACCAGGCUCAAAAGUUGUCUAUGACAUUGAAAUGAUGGAUUUUAUUAAGGAGAAAGCACCAUGGGAGUUAAAUAAUAAUGAGAAAAUUGAGGUGGCUGGGAGGAAGAAAGAAGAAGGGAAUUUAUUAUUUAAAAGUGGCAAAUAUCAGCAAGCAGCGAAGAAGUAUGAUAAGGCUGCUGAUUUUGUUAUUGAAGAUGGAUCCUUUGGGGAUGAUGAGCAAAAGCUAGCUAAAUCGUUGAGAAUUUCAUGUUGGUUGAACGGUGCAGCUUGUUGCCUUAAACUGAAUGAAUUUCCAGGAGCAAUCAAACUAUGUACUCAGGUGCUUGAUGUUGAGUUUCACAAUGUGAAAGCUUUGUAUAGAAGAGCGCAAGCAUACGUAGAGACCGAAGACUUUCUCUUGGCAGGUGUAGACAUCAAGAAAGCUCUUGAGGUGGAUCCACAGAACAGGGAGGUAAAGGUACUGAAGAUGAAAUUGAAGCAACUUCAAGCUAACAGUGACAAAAAAGAUGCUAAACUGUAUGAAAAUAUGUUUGCAAGUAAAUCAAAGAGAUUGAAAGUUGAGAAAGAAGAGGGUGAGGUGGUGAAACUAGAAACUGACAAUGUCGGUGACAGCGCAGCGCCUUCUGAUGGUGGUUUAAUUAUUGAUUCUCGUUGAAGCUGUAUAGGUUACAAUACAAUGCUUCUAACAAAAGGAAUAUAAACAAAGACUAAUUAAUGUAGUAUAAAUGAUAGCUGCAAAUUAUUUUGUGCAACCACUAGAGAGGUUAUACUUAAGUGUCCUAUCUUAUUUGAACUUAUACUAAUUUUUGAAUAA